ACUGACUGCUUCACAUUCACCUCAUCCCUCAGGAUUGGGGUCAAGGGAUGGAGGGACAGGACACAGGGAAUGGCUCCCACUGCCAAAGAGCAGGGAUGGAUGGGAUAUUGGGAAUUGGGAAUUGUUCCCUGGCAGGGUGGGCAGGCCCUGGCACAGGGUGCCCAGAGCAGCUGUGGCUGCCCCUGGAUCCCUGGCAGUGCCCAAGGCCAGGCUGGACACUGGGACUUGGAGCAGCCUGGGACAGUGGAAGGUGUCCCUGCCCAGGGCAGGGGUGGCACUGGGUGGGCUUUAAGGUUCUUCCCACCCAGACCAUUCCAUGAUUUUAUGGGAUCUUGACCCACGUACCCACUACAGCACUGAGCUCCGUUUUUCCCUCAGCCUUUCACCCAUGUGGAUUUCCUCAUGUGGUGCCAGGUCCAUGAGCACAUCAGCAGCAUCCUCAUCCAAUGUUCGUCCAUUUCUUGGAGAAUCUUCCUUUUGUUGAGUAUAAGCUUGCACUAAAAUGCAGCUCUCGGUGUCAGGGACUGGUUCUAACCUGGGCUUGGUGCCGGUUCUGCCAUCCUGUAGAUCUUCGGCCUCAUCCUUUACCAUGAGAGCGGCACAUGGAGCCCAGACCCGACAAAAUGAGCCUGAUGGACAUCAACAAGAUGUUCUCCCUGCUGCAGCCCAGGGAUGACGAGGAGGACAGCGGGGAGAGCGAGGAGCUGAGCCGGGCGGUGUGCCAGGACGACCACGAGGCGCUGGCCAGGCUCCUGUCGCAGGACAGGUACAGGAGGCUGAUCGACCGCCGGAGCGGCUGGGGCGUGCCCAGCACGCCCCUGCGCCUGGCGGCCGCCCGGGGCUGCGUGCGGAGCCUGCGGCUGCUGCUGGCGCACGGCGCGCUCGUGGACAGCCUGGACGUGAAGGCGCAGACCCCGCUCUUCGUGGCUGUCAGCAACGGGCACGGCGAGUGCGUGCGGCUGCUGCUGGAGGCCGGCGCCAGCCCCGCGGGCAGCGCCUACAACAACUGCUCGCCGCUGCUGCUGGCCGCCAGGGACGGCCGGGCGGCCAUCGUGCGGCUGCUGCUGGAGCACGGCGCCGAGCCCAACGUGCGGGCCCGCCUGCCCGAGUGGGCGGCCAACGCGGCGGCCUGCUCGGGCCCGCUGUACCUGGCGGCCGCCUACGGGCACCUGGAGUGCUUCCGCCUGCUGCUGCUGCACGGCGCCGACCCCGACUACAACUGCACCGAGCAGGCCGUGCUGGCGCAGAUCCGCGAGCCCAAGACGCUGCUGGAGACGUGCCUGAGGCACGGCUGCCGCGGCGACUUCAUCCGCCUGCUCAUCGACUUCGGGGCCAACGUGUACCUGCCCGGCGUGCCCGCCGACGGGCCGGCCCCGCGCAGCGAGGGGCUGGAGCUGCUGCUGCACGCCAGAGCUCAUCCCAAAUCUCUGCUGUCCCAAUCCCGGCUGGCCAUGAGGCGCCUCCUGAAGCAGCCCGGCCACUCGGCCACCCUCGGAGAGCUGGAGAUCCCCACAGCCCUGGCCAAAUACCUGCAGCACCAGCCGUGAUCCCAGACUGCCCAGGGACACCCACUCUGAGCACCAUAAUUAAAACCUGCUCCACCCUGGCAGUGAACCCCUGAGAUCUGUGGAACACCUGGGAAUUUGUGGUCUCAGGUUCAUUUUUGCUGCCAGGUGUCUCCAGAAAGCUGUGCCCAUGUGGAGAGAUGGGAAGGGAAGGAGGAGAGAGAACAGGAGGUGUCAGCUCCUGGUUUGCAGCAAAGCUAGGAUUGAGCAGGAUCUGGUUCCCCUGGGUUUGCCUCUGACCAUCUGUACUGAGGGAUUUUAUACCUGGAGCUGAUUUUGGUUGGAGAAGGGACUGGGAAAGAGUGUGGAGAAAUUCUUGGCUGUGAGGAUGGCAAUUGUUCCCUGUGAAGGUGGGCAGGCCCUGGCACAGGGUGCCCAGAGCAGCUGUGGGCUGCCCCUGGAUCCCUGGCAGUGCCCAAGGCCAGGCUGGACAGGGCUUGGAGCAGCCUGCGACAGUGGAAGGUGUCCCUUCCAUGGCAGGGAUUUGAGGUCCCUCAUGAUUCCAGGAUUCCCAGAGAAGUUCCCAAGUGCCUCCUCCACCUGGGAGGGGCAGGAUUGGGGCUGGCCCUGGCCGUGUGUGCCCACCCCAAUGGGGGCAGAGCCCAGCGCUCCCAGCUGGCAGCACAGGAGGGGCUGGGAGAGCCCCAGCAUCCCCACUGCUCUCCCUGCCCCAGCUCUGACCCUAAACAUCAUCUUCUCACCCCAAAAGUGCUUCCUUCUGGGAAGGCUGAAGGUCUCCCGUGGUUGGGCAGGGCUGGGGUUUGGAUUAAA